AUGUGGAAGAUAUCAAGACCGUUGGGAAGAGGCAGUUUUGGGUUUGUUUCCUUAGCAGUGUCACAGCCGAACGACGACGAGUCCAAACUCGAUCUUCCCUCUCUAGUGGCUAUAAAAUCCGCCGAAGUUUUUCAGUCGCAUCUUUUCCAGAAAGAAUGCGAUUUCCACGCGAAGUUACACGACUGUCCCCACAUUCUUCGCUGUUUUGGGAGCUUCAUCAGCGAAAGGAACGGAUUCCUUGUGUACAAUAUGAUUCUGGAAUAUGCUUCCGGUGGCAGUUUGGCCGAUAGGAUCCGGUGCUCAGGCGGGGGAGGGUUGCCGGAUAACGAAGUGAGAUGGUACACCAAGGGCUUGUUAAAAGGACUAAGCCACAUGCACAAGUUGGGCUAUGUCCACUGUGACAUCAAGCCGCACAACAUACUGCUAGUGGGUGGCUCGUCGGGCCUGAGUUUCAGCAUGAGGCGGACAAGGCUAACACGAGAAACAGUGAAAAUCGCGGAUUUUGGGCAGACGAAGAAGGCUGGAAAGAUGGAAACGGAUGGACAACAAGACAACGGACGGAGGGGUAGUCCUCUGUUUAUGGCCCCGGAAUCUGUUCUGCGCCAAGAAUACGAGCCUUGCUCGGAUAUUUGGGCUGUUGGGUGCACUGUUUUACAGAUGAUCACGGGAAAACCGGCUUGGAAGUGCGAUUCGGAAACCGAGACUUGCGCUAUACUGUAUCGGAUUGGAUUUACGGAAAAAGUUCCGGAAAUACCGAGUUGGGUUUCGGAGGAGGGAAGGGAUUUCUUGAGGAAGUGUUUGGCUAAGUCUGGCUGCUCUUGGGGUUGGAGGAGCAUAGUUUGGGUUAAAGAGUUAUUUGUUAAGGGUACUGAUUGGAGAGUAGGGGACGUUUUUCGGGUUAGGGAUCUUAUAAUUGGGAUUCGUUUGCAAUGGAGAAGGCUGUUGCUGGAGGUUUUAUUUCCUUCAGAGUUGAUUCCUAGGGUUUUAUCUAUUCAUGUUCCCAAGGUUCAGACUGAUGUUCAUAACUGUUUGGGGAACAUUUAUCGGCUUCAUAGCUUGGUGAAGGCGGCUUAUGAUGGUAUGCGGAAGAUGGCGGCACUUAUAAUGCUCUUUCAUGGGCUGAGGUUAAGAAUGGAAGCUUAUGUUAAAUGGGCCUCAAAAAAAAGUAUAGCAAUUUGCAUUUCUCCUUGA